UGGUUUUCGUUUACGAUGGGCGUGUUCGCGGGCUUGAAGUUUUCAAGCAAAUCGAGAGUUUACCGGAUUCAACAACAGGCAUUCGCAAGCAGUCAGAAUGCAUCCCCCAGAAGAGCUCCUAAAGAUCCGUUCAAUUUCGCCGCCUUCACAAUAUUCCUGUUCGGUAUCGCAUCCCUGCUACCGUGGAAUUUCUUCAUCACCGCUACUGACUACUGGAACUAUAAAUUCCGAGAUCCCUCUCCGAAUUCCACCACGGAUACGACACCGCUUCAGAAAUCAUUCAACUCGUAUCUCGCCAUCGCGUCAAAACUACCCUACAUCAUCUUCCUCGUCGUGAACACAGCCAUCGCAAACAAGAUACGAUGCUCUGUGCGGAUAGGCUACUCAUUAUUUAUUUGCAUUGUACUCUUCAUCGCCACGGCAGCUCUAGUGAAAAUAGACACCGACUUACACCAGAAGGAGUUUCUCGCGGCAACUUUGUGCAUCGUGGUUCUGAUAAACGUUGUCUGUGGUUUCUUGCAAGGGGGCGGAACGGGUCUCGCAGGGACUCUGCCGGCAAAGUAUAUGGCCACGAAUGUGAUGGGUCAGGCUGCCGGCGGAGUAUUCGCGACUCUGUGUCAAUUAGUAUGUCUCCUUUGCGAUACGCAUCCGACAGAUUCCGCCUUGCUGUACUUCGGAAUUGCGACCGUUGUCCUAAUCAUCACACAGAUAUGCUUCUGGAUUUUGGUCAGAAUGGACUUCUACGCGUUCUACAUGGCAGAGGAUAAAGUACUCUUAUCCUAUCAUGGAAAACAUCAGAUAGACGACCAAAAGAAAUCGACCCCAUUCUGGGGUAUUUUCAAGGCCGGCUGGAUGUUCUACAUCGCAACGGUGCUCAUAUUUUGGGUGACUCUGGCAGUUUUCCCAGCUAUCACAGCGCUGGUUCGAUCGUCCGACGCCAGUAACGGCUCCGCUGUGACGAACAAACUGUUCAUUCCACUGGCCUGUUUCGUCGUUUUCAACUUCAGCGAUCUCUUCGGCAGACUUCUCGCCAAAUACCUCCCGAUCCCGGCCUCUCAAGGAGCAAUGGUUCUGGCCUUAUCCGUGACUCGAAUACUCUUCAUACCACUUUUCCUCAUCUGUAAUGUAUCUCCGGGUAGCCGAAACCUGACUCCUAUUCUCCUCGAUCAGGAUUGGCAUUACGUGCUGGUCAUGUUUCUGUUCGGAGCCUCUAACGGUUACGUGACAACACUAUCCCUAACCUACGCCGCUAAAGCGAGCGCUCCAGAACAUCAAGAGGUCGCGGGAUCCCUCGCCGCUGUAUUUUUAGGACUUGGUUUAGCUUUAGGCUCUUUGUCUUCUUAUCUCACCUUGCAGCUCCUCUGAAGCCUCGGACGAAUGUCGCAGUUUUCGUUCCAGAAUUACCGGGAAAUGAAGUUGGACAUGAGCACAUCGCAGUCCAAUUCAGAGACCAGCUUCACAGGAGUGAUCUCGGACAGGGAUCAAAAUCUGUUUUAAUUAAGCAGACUCUAUACAAGUCUCCUUGUCUCUCUCGACAAGAACCACUAGUUAGACAUCUGAUUGACGGUCUGACCAGAUUACUUUUAAGAUCUAUGUGUAAAUGACAUGUACAAAAAAUAAAUCCCGUUCCACCAGCAGAUACU